UGCUAGGUUGCAGUGAGACUGAAGUGUUGUCGGUAACAAACAGCAGCGUUACACCGCCGGGGGACAUCAAUGGUGGAGAAGGCGUUGAUUCCGGGCCAGGUCUGAGAGAGACCGUUAGUGGGGCUUAUGGAGAGCUGAGGCCGAGGAUGCGGUUAACGUCCUUAAUGAUGUUCACAUCCACAGCCCUGCUAUUCAUUCUCAUCGGAUAUAUCGGGUUUGCGGAAUCUGCCCCUCGCAUCAGUCCCAGCGAUGCGUCGCCUGUCUCCGGUAGGAAGUCCGGCUCAGCCUCCCACACCUGGGACCCCUUCCUGCCCGGCACCGCUUCAUCUGGGAUCAGAUCCGGGUUCGGUCCUACGGCUGGAAUCCCCGGCAGCUCCGGCUUUAAAACGGCAACCACCUUCCAGCCUCCGACGGAUCCGACCACCGCCACCAGUCGCUCCACUGCCCUCCGCGGCUCUGGGAUCAUCUCCCCCAAUAAGGAACCGAUAACAGCGCCGAGCUCCCGGCUGACCGGGACGCGCAAACGCUCCACCGAAGCUCAGACACUUUACAGCCCGGAGAAAACGCUGCAGACCAUGGUGUCCAUGGUUUCCCAGCACACCACCAACGAUGCCUGGGCUGCGGACGCCGCGGAUCCACCUGAUACCUCAGUGGAGAACCAAGAGGCGGUGUGCAACUGCAGCAGCGGCAGUGAGGGGAUCGACGAUCCGGACAAAUGCAACCAGAGCACCGGUCAGUGUUUGUGCCUGACGGGCUACGCCGGCCUGCAGUGUGACGAGUGUGAGGAGGAGUACUUCACCAACGGCACCAGUGGCUGUCUGCCCUGCUCCUGUGACUCUUUUGGCGCAGUACACCUCAACUGCGACAGCUCAGGGACCUGCACAUGUAAGACAGGAGUGUACGGGACCAAGUGUGAUGACUGCCACCCUGGUUUCUUCCACUUCAGCAACACCGGCUGUCGGCCCUGCCAGUGCAACAACCACACCAGCUACUGCCACCCACAGUCCGGAGUGUGCCUGAACUGUGAGGGGAACACCCAGGGGUCCAACUGUGAGGAGUGUAAGCCUGGCUUCUACCGCAGCCCAGGGGCCGACCAGACCCAAGCCUGUGCACCGUGCCCCUGCUCCAACUCCACCUCCACCAGCACCUGUCUCACCGAUGCCAGUGGCUCUCCAGUGUGUGACCAGUGCCUUCCCCACUACAGCGGCCCACACUGUGACAAGUGCAGCCCUGGUUUCUACAACGCCUCAGGGACCUGUGUGCCAUGCGACUGCAGCGGCAACGCAGACCCUCAGGGGCCCCCCCAGCUCUGUGACCCUAAAAGUGGCACCUGCCUCAGCUGCAUAAACAACACCUCUGGGUCGCGGUGCCAGGAGUGCGCCCCCGGGUUCGUGGGGGACGCCAGAGCACACAACUGCACCCGUCUAAACCCUCGACUGAUUCCAGCACCAGCAGAGGUCACAACCAAAACCCCCCCGCCCAGUGGCGCUUCCCCAACGUCAUCUCUCACCAGCACCACUUCCACCUCCACAGCAACCAAAGGCAGGCCGGCUCUCAGAUUCAACGAGGUUGACGACAACGCCUCGAGCAGCAGCACCACCCAGGCCCUGCUGACCAGCCUGAGCAGCCCCACAGAUAACACCACAGCAGCCCUAACCGAGGUCUCAUGGACGCAGUUUAACAUCAUCAUCCUGGCCGUCAUCAUUCUGGUGGUGCUGCUGCUGCUGGGCUUCGUGGGAGGCGUGUACACCUACCGGGAGUAUCAGAACCGCAAGCUCAACGCCCCCUUCUGGACCAUUGAGCUGAAGGAGGACAACAUCAGCUUUAGCAGCUACCAUGACAGCAUCCCCAACGCAGACGUGUCCGGCUUGCUGGAGGACGAGGCCACCGAGGUGGCCCCCAACGGUCAGCUGGCCCUCACCACGCAGGCGAACAACUACAAGGCUUAACGCCCCAUUCGGCCUCCACUCAGACUCCUAGAUUUACAGACGACGUAAAGCUGCUGGAUCAUACCAAAUCUACCGCUCCUCAAUGUGUGACUGCUUCUGUUACCCUGCUCCUCUGCAGAAAUCACUACUCCUGGCAAACUGACAGAAAACAGACGUUUUGACCUGAAUCAUCGCCCUCUUUAGGUAUAUUUGAUUGUGAAGUGGGUAAUUGGUAAAAAUGGUUCCAAAAUAAUGUGGUUGAAUGAGAUUCAGGCCUGCAGAGGUCGCUGUUGUACUGUAAAUGUAAAAAGGCGGAGGACUUGGAGCAUUUCAUAGAUUUUUUUUUUUCUUUCCUUUUUUAAAUGGACUCCGGACAGUUUAAGUUAAACGCUGAUCCCUUUUCAGGUGAUCCUAAACUGAGACAAUGAUUGUUAUUUAAUGAAUUAUUUUUAUUCUCUUUUUUAUUUAUUGGUUCAUUUUUAUUUUUGGGAGAAAAUGCUGCACAUUUCCAAGGCGUUUCUUUGUGGUGUUUUUAAAUCUGAUGUGCUGUUGAACGGUAAUAAUCACUCGGCCGUUAUGUUUCCAUGUACAGGUGUGCUUUUGGAGAGAGCCUGAGUAAAUUGACCUCACCUUUUUGUUUAUAGCUUCCUGUCUUUUUUUUUUUUUUCUUGAAGUGUGCCAGCUAACUUGAAGUAUCUGAGAGGAGUGUUUCUCUUAAAGAAACAAUAGUCAACUUUUACAAACACCCUAUGUUGGGUGCUGCAAGGGGAAAUGACACAUCUUGGGCUUGCGUAAAAACACCAAUAACACUCUAAUCUAAUCUGCUCUUCGCUGCCUACCUCAGCAAAGACAAACCUUUCAAAAAUUGAUUCACAUUAAUGUGGAGGGUGGGUGCGUGACGCAAAUGAUAAGGCCAUUUAAUGUCUAGAACAAACAGAACUCCAUUGUUGAUCCUGUUGUCAUGGAGCCCACUACUUCCUUCAACCACUUCCAGGGUUGUUGCAUCAUUAGGAGCAGAGAGCUGUAAAAAUCCUGGAUAUAGAUCUUGUGGAUAUGGUGUUUCUGAGACGGAUGUGCAUCUUUUUAUUCUGGUGAAUGAGUAAACCCAAUGGUGGAAGUAACUCCUCAGGUACUGGCUCUCUCCCUAAUGUGAUCACUGUAAAUAGGAUUCUUAAUGUACAGCUGAAUGUGAAUAGUAGCACGAUUAUUGUACAGCUAGGAUAUUGUUUGUGCACUGUCACUCAACAAGCUCUGACCCUCUCUCUGGGUGUGAUGUUGCCGUCAGCUUUUUUAAAAUUGUUUUUAUUUCCUACUUUACCACAUCGGCGGUUGGAGCUCCCAGAAAUCAGAACCGCAACAAUGCAACUGUAAAUAAGACCUGAAACUCAGAGCUCAACUCUCAAAUAAAAAAAUGGGAUUAAC